AUGACUGAACCUAUGCCGUUGUGGUAUAAGCAUGAUCAAUAUUGCGCCUAUCUUCAAGGGUCACCAAGCCAUGAUAUUGAGAACUGUUAUCUGUUGAAACACGAGUUUCAACAAUUGGUGAGAAGUCGGAUAAUGUCCUUUGAGGACCGUGCACUAAAUGUUAAAGCCAAUCCGUUACCCAUUCAUGGUAACUCCUCUGUGAAUAUGGUGGAUGGUUAUCCCGGUGAGUACAAAGUUUAUGAUGUCCGACAUAUCCGAAGAUACUUGGUAGAGCUUCACAAGACUUUGUGUGAGAUUAGUGAAUGUGAGCAUGAUCAUGAUGGUUGUAUCAUUUGUAGUGUAAAUCCGCAUGGGUGCGUGAUUGUGAAGAGGGAUAUUAAAAGGUUAGUAGAUGACGGCAUGUAUGAUAGCAGUAAGGGAAGCAAUAGAUCGGUAUCACCGUUAGUGAUACGGUUGGCGGGCACAGUCCCGUACGCAUCUGAUAAAGUUAUGCCUUACAAGUAUGAUGCUACUAUGAUCAAAGAUGAGCAAGAGGUUCCUCUUCCCGAAGCUAAUUCAGUAGUAAGCAUUGCUGACGUUGUCAAGGUGAGCCUAAGCGGUCGACUGUUCAGUCCAGUAUUCCCGAAGGAUGUUGAGAAUGUCGUAAUUGGAAAGAAGGCUGAGGCGGUUGUUCCUUUGUCUGAACCUAUUAACACUCUAAUCUGUCAGUGUGAUGAGUUCAGCGGUUUGAAGAUUAAGGAUGAUAAUGAUGAAGUACUCCGUCUGGUAAAGAAGAGUGAGUUUAACGUCGUGGAGCAGCUACUCCAGACGCCCACUAAGAUUUCUGUUUUAUCUCUAUUAAUGAAUUUUGAAGCACACCAUGAGGCUUUGCAAAAAGUACUUGAGAAAACCAACAUUGAACAUGAUGUUAUCGUUGAUCAGUUUGAUCACAUCGUUGCUAACAUUACUUCGUGCAACAAUAUGAGUUUUUAUGAUGAGGACCUUCUAGAAGAAGGUAGGAAUCAUAAUCUGGAUCUCCGCAUAUCUAUGAAUUGUAAGGAGGAUGCCUUGUCCAAUAUCUUGGUAGAUACUGGUUCAUCUUUGAACGUUCUACCCAAGUCUACCUUGGCUAGGAUAUCUUAUCAAGGAGAACCCAUGAGAUAUAAUGGUGUGAUUGUGAAUGCGUUUGACGGUAGGCCAUGGAUUCAUGAAGCAGAUGAUAUCACGUCAACUUUAAACCAAAAACUCAAAUUUUUCAAGAAUGGGAAGCUUGUUAUUAUUGGAGGUGAGAAGGCACUAAUGGUGAGCCAUUUAUCAUCUUUCAUGUAUGUUAAAGCCAAGGAAGUUGUUGGAACUCCGCUCCAAGCUUUGUCUGUGGCUAAUGUGAUCCAGAAGACUGGGGCAUCCAUAUCUUAUUUGAAAGAUGCGCAAGAUAUUGUUAAAGCUGGUGACACAGACAAUUGA